UUAAAGAGCAAAAAUACUGAAAAAUAGGUGUUCGUCAAACUCUGCUCUUGUCGUGCGCAAAGGAAUGGAAAGCACAAGUCAAAAUACGACUUUACUUCGUGGUGAGACAGUGUUCCGACUGUGCGUCUUUACGCACGGAGAAGGCUGCAGGAGCUUAGCUGACAAAUUCUUGUAGAAUAACUUUUUUUUUACCGGGCAAACAUGACAGAGGAGAACAAGUCUUUGGAGCAUCCUUUCAGCCCGGCGGACAGUGACAGCUCCACGACCCCGCACGGAUCGGACACGGAGUCUCUGGCUUCGGCGGGUAUUACGCACCAGCCGGAGAGCGGCGGCAGCGGCGCGGAGGACGAGCGCUUCCCCGCCUGCAUCCGGGACGCGGUCUCACACGUGCUGAAGGGUUACGACUGGUCUCUGGUGCCGGUUCCCAGUCAGGGGGACAGGGGGCUCAAGGGGAAACCUCACGUUAAACGACCCAUGAACGCGUUCAUGGUUUGGGCGCAGGCGGCGCGGAGGAAGCUGGCGGAUCAGUAUCCUCACCUGCACAACGCGGAGCUCAGCAAGACGCUGGGGAAACUGUGGCGGCUUCUCACCGAAACGGAGAAGCGUCCUUUUAUCAAGGAGGCCGAGAGGCUGAGGCUGCAGCACAAGAAAGACUACCCAGACUACAAGUACCAGCCUCGCAGACGCAAAAGCCCCAAACCGGGUCUAGGGGACUGUAAAGCUGGACUGGUCCAGCAGCAUCAGCAUCAGGACUUGGUUAAGAUAGAACCGGGGACAGGGGACGCACAUCAUCACUACCAUCAUGACAGGACAGGUCAGUCCCAUGGACCUCCAACACCUCCCACUACCCCUAAAAUCGACCUUCACAUGGGGAGCAAACACGACGCCCACCGGCUUGUGGAGAGCAGCGGCUGCUCUGCUCCUCCACCUGGCCGUCAGAACAUUGACUUCAGCAACGUGGACAUCUCCGAGCUCAGCACUGAUGUCAUCAGCACCAUUGAGGGAUUUGACGUCGAUGAGUUUGACCAGUACUUGCCUCCUAACAGCCACGGUUCUGCUGUUCUAACUCCACCAGAUCCCAGCCAUGCACAUAACAACCCCCCGGGAGCGUUCACCCUACCCAGCAUCCACUCUCACUCCCACAGCAGCACCACGUGGACUCCCAAAAAUUCUCGUGGGAUUUCCACUGGAGUACCACCAUCUUCUUCCAUCAGACAUGAGGCCCGUGAGGACACUAACCGCAAACCUCAGAUCAAAAAAGAGCAGAUGAGCCCAGGUCACUACAACAGCUCCUCCUCCUCCUCCACUCCUCCGCCACCACAACCAGAGUACACCUGCCUCGGCUCAGGCGCCUGCCCUUCCUCCACCACCUCCACGUCUUCGGCCAGCCAGUUUGACUACACUGACCUUCAGAGCUCCAGUCUCUACAGCGCCUUCUCUGGGUACCCUGCCAGUCUGUAUCAGUACCCCUACUUCCACUCCUCCAGAAGUCCCUACGCCGCACCGCUUAUCAACAGCCUGGCCUUGGCGCCAUCUCCGCACAGUCCUCCCUCUGGCUGGGAACCACCGAUCUACACGACACUUACUCGGCCUUGAAGACGAGGAUACAGUCAAAUGGGUCAUAUAGACAAAAACUACACAGUGUGAACAUUUUGACCUCCUGAAGAGAUAGCUCCGAAUGCCUUCUGAGGGUUUGCAUCUGUUAGCUGAAUGGCUCAUUAAAUGUUUUUUAGAUUUGUUCAUUUUCUUGAGAAAAAAUUAAUAACAACAGUUUUUCAUUGUUAUGUCUCUUGACUAAGUAAAACGGUCUGUGAAAUGCCAUUAAAACCAUCACAGCAGACUGAAAUGUUCCAUUAAAGCUCCACACUAAUGAAAUUGUUUUUCAUGCGUGAGUCGCUCAUUAUAGACGCAGGGUGUUAGAGAUUUAAUGGAAGGUUUUUCCACACUUAAUCUGGCUGAGUGAAACAGUUUCCUCACCUUCAGCUUCACAUUGGUGGGAUUUAGGGACGGUGACUUACAUUUUGAUUAAAAGGUUUUUUCUUUUCAUAUGGUGUGUGUGAGCAUUCCACAAUAUUCGCUACGGAUUUAUUCUUUGAUCACCAAGCAAGCUAUCAACUUCAGGGACAGAUUAUGUCUCUUGUCUUUCUUUAUGUACACCAUCUUAGAAAAAUAUUCCCAACUGAAAAAGUCACUAAAAUGUAUCCCAUCAGCCUGAUAGAAGAUGCAAUAGUUUGAGAUUGUGAAAAUAACAGGUCUUACUGAGAGUUACAUGAUAUGAUAAACACCAAUGUAUUGCCUGCAUGAUAAAUAUAAGGCCACAAUAAGCAGACAGAUGCUAGAUUAGCUGAACUUAAAUAUUUAAAGCAGAGGCAAACAAAUAGCUAGUAUGCUUUUGCAUAUAUUAAACAAUUCAAGGUAUAAUAUAUUUAUUCACAAACUCUACAGGUGCUCGUUGGCAAAAACAUUUUUUGGACAGUUUCAGUCUUUAUCACUUUCUGGAUGUUAACUGGCAGAUCUAGUUUAUUUCUAAAUCGGGGGCCACUACUUACACACAGGGGGCAACCAUUCGUCCAAUAUCCAUGUUGAAUGUUUGCACUAUGGCUGUGCAAAGCCACGCAUCAUUGAAUAUAUUUUGUACAUUUUUCAAGCACAUUGUGUCCUUCAUAAAAGUGUGGAAAAUAAAAAUUCUUCAUAAAUUGC